AUGUUGGAACAACUGGACGUGGCGCACUUGUCGGAGCAGGAACCAAAGCAGUCGAGUGGUGCGUACCAAUCUGUGUUGUCGCCGACGUUUCUAUCACGUCUGGAAGAAACGGGCAAUUUAACGUCGCCGGUGCGACAGUUGGGCGACGUGAUGGAAUUGGCCGGAUUCAUGGAAGUUAUGAAGCGCGAUGUGGACCGCGGCGUCAACUUACGUCUGACAUUUGAAACGGCCGAAAAAACCAUGGAUAUCCCGAACCUCAAAUGUUGGGUCGCCCGCGACUCACGAUUAGGUCGCCCAGGCCGUCUUAUAGGCCGCCACUACAAGACGGCCUGGGCGACCUAA